AUGCGCAAAGAACGCGAAAAGCGAGACGACAAUAUCAGGCGAAAGGAAGUUGCAACUGGAGAAGUGGAGAUGAAGAUCACGAACAUCGUGAAUGGAGAUAACCUCGCCGAAGAAGUGAUCACGACCCGCCAGCACCUGGAGGACCUGACGAAAGCGUCGAUGGAGAUGACAGAGACGUAUCAAGCUUUGGUCGACAAGAACCGGCAUGCUGUAACCAAUGUCCUGAUGGCGUGCACGAACCACAAGGCCAUGGUUGAUCGAGCUAUUUCGUCCCUGGAGGCAGAGAUCAGCAAAGUAGAGCUCUGA